CUCAUAUAAUAAUAAUUUAGCAUUAUUAGUUCAUAUAUAGUGUUUCACUAAUAAUGAAGAAAAAGGGUAGUGAUUUGUUGCCAUUUAUUGCAAUGGUGAUUGUACAAGUAGGCUAUGCUGGAUCAAAUGUUGUGACAAAACUAGUCAUGGAUACUGGUAUGGACCCUUUUGUCCAGACAGCAUACAGACCUAUAUUUGCCACCAUUUCAAUUGCACCCUUUGCUUACUUCUUGGAGAGGAAAACAAGACCAAAGUUGAGCCUAUCUGUAUUUUUUCAAAUUUUCUUGUGUUCCAUUAUCGGAAUAACUGCGAACCAGUAUACAUUUUGUAUUGGGCUAAAAUAUACUACUCCGACGAUUGUUUCCGCCCUCGAUAAUCUAAUCCCAGCAUUCACUUUUGUCCUAGCCGUCCCAUUCGGGCUUGAAAAAUUGGGACUAAGAAGUAUAGCAGGACAAGCCAAAUUGAUUGGAACUAUAGUGUGUGUUGGAGGGGCAAUGUUAUUGUCAUUGUAUCGUGGACCUGUAGUGAUUGGCCAAUUGGGAUUUCACUGGAAAUAUGUUGAAAACACUACUGAUGACAAGGAUGUCAAUUCUACACAUACCAACUUCCUUUUGGGACCUUUUAUACUCAUAAUCAGCAGUAUUACCUAUGCAUUAUGGUUAAUCAUUCAAGCAAGAGUGAAUGAGAAGUAUGCAGCUCCAUAUUCUAGUACCCUUUUGAUGUUCUUCAUGGCAAGUUUCCAGUGCAUGAUUAUCAGCUUUUGUGUCGUACCAAAAGCUUCUGAAUGGGCUUUAAAUCCUAUUAGAGCUAUCUCUGUUGUUUAUAAUGGAACUGUGUGCUCUUCACUAGCAUUAUACUUAUGCUCCUGGUGUAUAGAAAGGAAAGGUCCUUUAUAUGUCUCGAUGUUCAAUCCGUUGUUACUUGUUAUUGCUGCCUUUCUUAGUUGGAUUCUGUUGAGAGAGAAAUUAUACCUUGGAAUAGUGGUGGGGUCAAUCUUGACAGUUGUUGGACUGUAUGGUUUUCUUUGGGGGCAGAAAAAAGAGAUGGAACAAAGUAAAAAUGAGAUAGAGGAGGAGGACGUGGUGGAGGCUAACAAAGAGGACAUCAAGGCUUAGUGGCGGAACUAGAAUUCUUAAUAAGGGGUUUAAAAUCUGAAGGACUAAACACAUAAACUAAUCAGAAGGGAUUCAACAACUACUAUAUAUAUAUAUAUAUAAAUAAUAAUUUUAACUAUGUAUAAAUAGUAAUAUUUUCUGCCGAAGGAGGUUCGGAUGAACCCUCUUAAAAGGCAGCCUCCACCCCUGACAAGGCUGACUUGGAAUUUCAAUUAUAAGUGCAUAAUUAGAUAUGGAUGGUUUUCCCCCAAAUAUAAAUUCCCAAAACCUUAAUUACUAUAUAUUAUUUUAAAAAACUAUUGUAUUGCAUGUAUCAACUUGAGUUUCCUCCUUUUAACACUAGCUUUGUAUUCGAAAAUGCACUAC